UCUAACCGUUUCACUUUCAUUACGAGCUUUUUUUUGUGUUAAAAGUUUAAACAAAUUAAAUCGUAACCUGCUUUGGAAAUAUUACACGGGAUUAUAAUUACAUAAAUAAAAAAUUGUCAUUAUUUAAUCGCAAUUAAAGUAUCGUGUAUCGCGAUAUUGUGAACUUUAGUCUGUGCAAAUUUAAAAAAGAAAUAAAAAUAAAACUAAAAUUUUCCUGAAAUAGAAAAAUGAAGUUUUUUUAUGUAGUUUUAAUUCUAAUUCCGUUAGUGAGUUCGGAUACUACCACUGAAAUUUCGAAAAAUACAGAGGAACAGAUUAAUUCUAAAGAAAGUACUACAGAAUUACCCAAGGAUGGUUUAUACACUGAAGAAUGUUUAAAAGAAAUUCAAUUAUCUGAAGAUGAUGUUAAAAAAUUAAAAACUAAAGAUAUUUCAAAUGCAAGUGAUAAGACACAAUGUUAUUUCAAUUGUUGCCUACAAAAAGAUGAAAUAAUUUUUGAUGGUGCACCAAAUGAUGAUAUCAUUUAUGAUAGAUUACGAAAUAUAACUGGAUUAAAUGAAGAAGAAUCAAUGAAAAUUUUAAAUAUUUGUAAAGUAAUUGAAGGUGAUGAUAUGUGUAAUGUUUCAUAUAGAUUGGUAAAAUGUUUCAUUGAACAUAAGGCAAAUAUAAUAGUAUGGAGAGUCGCAAAUGUUAUUUAGAAUUAAUAGUUACUCAAGAAAGAUUGCUAUAUUUUUUGUUAAAUUUUAAAUAUUUUAUUGUAAUUAUCGUAAAAUAUAAUAUGUAU